ACGCAUGCGUCUAAACUACAACUCCCAGAGGGCCGUGCCCGAGGAGGAAGGCGGGUUCUCCUGCCGGAAGUCAGUUCUAGCCCUGGGCCCCACAACUGCAAGCAGAGCCGGAGCCGCCCUGUUACAGCGGGACCCGGGCCUCUGGGGUCCAGACAGGGGUCGCCAUGAUCCGAUUCAUCCUCAUCCAGAACCGGGCAGGCAAGACGCGUCUGGCCAAGUGGUACAUGCAGUUCGAUGAUGAUGAGAAGCAGAAGUUGAUCGAGGAGGUGCACGCCGUGGUCACCGUCAGGGAUGCCAAGCACACCAACUUUGUGGAGUUCCGGAACUUCAAGAUCAUCUACCGCCGCUACGCUGGCCUCUACUUCUGCAUCUGCGUGGACGUCAACGACAACAAUCUGGCCUAUCUUGAGGCCAUCCACAACUUUGUAGAAGUGUUAAAUGAAUACUUCCAUAAUGUCUGUGAACUGGACCUGGUGUUCAACUUCUACAAGGUUUACACGGUGGUAGAUGAGAUGUUCCUGGCAGGGGAAAUCCGAGAGACCAGCCAGACGAAGGUGCUGAAGCAGCUGCUGAUCUGUGUUCUCGGAAGCCAACCCGGAUGCCAGCCCAUUGGUGAAGGAAAGCGUCAGUCUGCACAGACACAAAUCAUCCAGCCAUAG